AUGUCCAGUCAGCCAGGAUCCCAUACUGCCGACGCAGACAUCCCAAACAAAGCCCAGCAAGAGGCACCUCAGGGAAAGAAGGAGAACAUGGCAGAGGUGGCACGGGCCCCUGGUCACAUUGCUGGAGUUGAAGGGAAAAGCACUGACAACAUUGCAGCAGAAACAAACCCUGAGAUUACACGAAGCCACGCCGAACACGGAGUUCAAGCCUCUAUUGUGCCUCAGAAGAUCCAAGAGGCGUUGCCAGAGAGCAUCGAGCGCGCUGUGCCGAAUGCAAUUCACGAUACCAGAAGCAAAUAG